AUGUCGGUCCCUGCAAAGAAUGCCGCUGCGGCUGAGAUCAUGACAUUCGAGAACACCGCUUCUCCGGGUACCCUCUUUGCCACUGUCCUCAACGACAAGGCUUUGAAGGCUGCCUACAAGCAGUGCAAAAGUCAGCCGAUCAUAUGCGCCAACGAGAUUCUUCCUCGACAUCCCAUUUGGUACACUCGACAGACUGGAAUCCAGUAG